CGCGAGCGGAGCGCAGGUCACGUGAUCCGACGCCAAGAUGGCCGCCGCCGCCGCCGCCUUCUUGUUUUGAUGAAUAAUCUCCGUGAGGGGAGGCGGCAGCAGCAGCGGCUGAGGGGAAAGUGGGGCUCCGGCGGUCACGCGUGGGCGGGAGUUGGGAGGCGCGGGGGCUUCAGCCGCUGAGCGUUGCCUCCCCGACCGCCUCAUUCGGGCCAGGAGAGUUUUGGGGGGGGGGUUUCGUCAGGGCCAAGGGAGGAGAGAGAGAGAGAGAGACGAGUGAGGGGGGGUCCGCCCAGCCUGCCCUUCGCAGCGGGCCUAGUGGUUGAGGAGAAAAAGCGAGGGGAAGGGGCUCCCUAUGGGACCCCCGGGGCCGCUGGCGCAUCCACAAGGCUCGGGGGAGAAGCAGCAGCGGGGGGGAGGCCCGAGGCCCAGUGGCUCCCUUGGGACCCCCGAAGAGGAGUGAGGUAGUCGGGUGCGCGUGUGGUGUUUCUACAGGUGGGGGUGGGGUCCCUCAGGACAGGUUAGGGCAAUAGGACAGGUAAGGGCAUCAGAUGCAGCUAGGGAGGAAGGAGCGCUGGGUGCAAAAGCGAAGGAGGGGAGCCUUCUGAGGGUGGCGGCCAUAGGACGCUCCCAACCCCUGGAUUAGAGUGGGGGAGCAGUUUAGAUACGCCAGCUGGGUCUGGAGGAAGAGGAGGUGAAGGGGAGGAGCAAUCCGGUUUGGAGGGAGGGCGGUGGAUGCAGUUGAGGCGAUACGAAGCUCGGAGAGGAAGGACCUAAAGGCAGAUCUAUCAAUUCGGAGUUGGUAGUAGGUGGGGGGACGUGGACGGACGGGGUUGCUUCUUAAACCUCUGACUAUGCACUUCUGAGAGCUCCUUAGGGAAAGAGGCAGCCACCAGGACAAGGGUUAACCUCCGAAAGCCAUUUCUUCCUCUUCCUCCUGCUCCAUCCAAGCACCUCCCUCAAGGGAAGCACCGGAGCCCUCCUCCUCUCCCCCAAACGCCUUCCACCAUUAAGAGGAAAACUAUGGAGGAGUUGAGUGCCGAUGAGAUCCGUCGGAGGCGCCUUGCCCGGCUCGCUGGCGGACCCUCUUCCCAGCCCACCACCCCACUUACGUCUCCACAGAGGGAGAACCCCCCAGGGCAGCCGGUCCCAGCGCCGCCUUUAGGGGCACCCCACAACCUUGGGCUCAAUGUUCACAGUAUGACCCCCGCUACCUCUCCAAUCGGUGCGUCAGGUGUUGCCCAUCGCAGUCAGAGCAGCGAAGGUGUGAGUUCGCUCAGCAGCUCGCCCUCCAACAGCCUCGAAACGCAGUCCCAGUCCCUUUCCCGGUCCCAGAGCAUGGAUAUCGAUAGCGUCUCCUGUGAGAAAAGCUUGUCCCAGGUCGAUGUGGAUUCGGGGAUUGAAAACAUGGAAGUGGAUGAGAGUGACCGGAGGGAGAAACGGAGCCUCUCGGAUAAGGAGCUUCCCUCAGGAUUGGAAAUCUCGGAGGAACAAGCCUUACAGCUAGUUUGUAAGAUUUUCCGGGUCUCUUGGAAAGACCGGGAUAGAGAUGUCAUCUUCCUGACUUCCCUUUCGGAACAGUUCAAGCAAAACCCUAAAGAUGUGUUCUCGGACUUCAAAGACUUGAUUGGGCAAGUGCUGAUGGAAGUCCUAAUGAUGUCCACCCACUCGAGAGAAGAAAACCCCUUUGCCAGCUUGACCGCCACGUCGCAGCCCAUUGCGGCUGCUGCCCGCUCGCCAGAUAGAAACUUAGUCCUGAAUACCGGCUCCAACCCGGGAACCAGCCCCGUGUUUUGCAACGUGGGCUCCUUUGGCUCCAGCUCCUUAUCAAGUCUCUACGGAAGCAGCCCCAUUCCCAUUUUCAACAUCGCAAGUCACCCCCCCUUGUCUGGCUCCUUUCUCCCUUCUUCCCCCAGCCCCGUGGCUCCCCUCCCCGUGUCUUCCCUGUCUGUCAGCCCCCACCUCCUGCCAGCAGGGCCGCUCAGUGUCCAGCCCUCGUCCCCACGGUACCGUCCGUACACAGUGACACACCCCUGGACUUUGGCAGCUCCUCCUCCCGCACCCUCAGCAGGAACCUCCAGCCUUUCGGCCUCUCCGACUCCUCCGGGCAUAAGCCCCAGUCCUCCAGCUGCACGGGUCCCUUCGUCCAGGGGUAGGCCCGUAGCAGCUACCACCCUGCCCCUGUUUUCCACGUUGGGCAGCAGCCGUACCUCUUUCCCAGGCAGGAUGCCCACUAGUAUGUACGACAGCCCUUUCUCACUCCUCCUUGCCAUUCCUGAUGUCUCUGGAGACAGUUCUGAGGAAGAAAAUGAGGAAGAGGAGGAGGAGGAGGAUUUUUCUUAUGUGCCAUUUGGGUCCAGUGGCGGAGGCUCUGGGGGGGCCAGCAUUUCCGACUCGUGCAGCGACCAUUUCGCCAUUGAGACGUGCAAGGAGACGGAGAUGCUAAACUACCUCAUUGAGUGCUUCGACCGAGUGGGGAUUGAGGAAAGGAAAGCGCCAAAGAUGUGCAGCCAGCCGGUGGUGAGCCAGCUUCUGAGCAACAUCCGAUCCCAGUGCAUUUCUCACGCGGCUUUGGUGCUCCAAGGAUCCCUAACGCAGCUGAGGUCAAACCAACAGCAGUCAUUGUUAGUCCCGUAUAUGCUGUGUAGGAAUCUCCCCUUCGGUUUCAUACAGGAAUUGGUGAGGACGACUCACCAAGAUGAAGAAGUCUUCAAACAGAUCUUUAUACCUAUUUUACAAGGGCUGGCUCUUGCUUCGAAGGAAUGCUCCUUUGAUAGUGACAACUUUAAAUACCCCCUUAUGGCUUUAGGGGAACUGUGCGAGAUCAAGUUUGGGAAAUCGCAUCCUGUCUGCAGCUUGGUGGUCUCUUUGCCUUUGUGGUUGCCAAAAUCUCUAAGCCCCGGGAUGGGCCGAGAGCUCCAGAGACUCUCUUACCUUGGGGUAUUCUUCGGCCUCUCCGUCUUUGCUGAGGAUGAUCCUAGAGUUGUGGAAAAAUAUUUCUCUGGGCCUACCAUUACUUUGGAAAACACCAGGGUCGUUAGCCAGUCAUUGCAACAUUACCUGGAAUCUGCCAGGCAAGAGUUAUUUAAGAUCCUGCACAGUAUUCUGCUCAACGGAGAAACGCGGGAAGCUGCUCUCAGCUAUAUGGCCGCCGUGGUCAAUGCCAACGUUAAAAAGGCACAAAUGCAGGCGGACGAUCGGCUGGUGUCUACGGAUGGCUUUAUGCUGAACUUCCUGUGGGUGCUGCAGCAGCUGAGCACAAAAAUCAAACUCGAGACGGUCGAUCCGUCCUACAUCUUCCACCCUCGGUGUCGAAUCGUGGUGCCUGCGGAUGAAACGCGCGUCAAAGCUAACUUGGAGGAUGUCAGCAGCUGGAUGGUUGAGCUGUCCAGGGAUCAGUCUCUCUUCUCUGAGCCAAAAUUCCCAACGGAAUGUUUCUUCCUGACUCUCCACGCCCACCACCUCUCCAUCUUACCAAGUUGCCGUCGAUACAUCCGUCGACUAAGAGCCAUCCGGGAGCUGAACAGGACCGUGGAGGAUUUGAAGAAUAACGAAAGUCAGUGGAAAGAUUCUCCCCUAGCUACCAGGCAUCGAGAGAUGUUGAAGCGAUGCAAAACCCAACUCAAGAAAUUGGUGCGAUGCAAAGCUUGUGCAGAUGCCGGCCUGUUAGAUGAGAAUUUUCUCCGAAGGUGCCUCAACUUUUACAGCGUUGUGAUCCAGCUCUUGCUACGGAUUCUUGAUCCUGCCUACCCUAACAUAAAACUGCCUUUAAACCCAGAUGUCCCAAAAGUCUUUGCAGCGAUGCCUGAGUUUUACGUGGAAGACAUUGCGGAAUUUUUGUUUUUUAUUGUACAAUACUCGCCUCAGGUACUCUACGAGCCUUGCACUCAGGAGCUGGUCACCUUCUUGGUGGUCAUGCUCUGCAACCAGGACUACAUCCGGAACCCUUACCUGGUGGCCAAGCUGGUGGAGGUGAUGUUCAUGACCAACCCAGCCGUCCAGCCCCGGACUCAGAAGUUCUUCGAGAUGAUCGAGAACCAUCCGCUCUCCGUCAAGUUGCUGGUUCCUUCCCUGAUGAAGUUUUACACAGAUGUGGAGCACACUGGGGCCACCAGCGAGUUCUACGACAAAUUUACAAUCCGCUAUCACAUCAGCACCAUCUUCAAAAGCUUGUGGCAGAACAUAGCUCACCACGGGACCUUCAUGGAAGAGUUCAACUCCGGCAAGCAGUUUGUUCGCUAUAUCAACAUGCUGAUCAACGACACGACGUUCUUGCUGGAUGAGAGUUUAGAGUCCCUCAAACGCAUCCACGAAGUGCAGGAGGAGAUGAAAAACAAGGAGCAGUGGGAUCUUCUCCCCAGGGACCAGCAACAAGCUCGGCAGUCUCAACUGGCCCAGGACGAACGGGUCUCGCGCUCCUAUCUGGCCCUGGCCACAGAAACGGUUGACAUGUUUCACAUCCUCACCAAACAAGUCCAGAAGCCUUUUCUCAGGCCUGAGCUUGGACCACGGCUGGCCGCGAUGUUGAACUUCAACCUUCAGCAGCUGUGCGGCCCCAAAUGCCGCGAUCUGAAAGUUGAAAACCCCGAGAAGUACGGCUUUGAACCAAAGAAGCUUCUGGAUCAACUGACGGACAUCUACCUGCAGCUGGAUUGCGCCCGUUUUGCAAAAGCGAUCGCGGACGACCAGAGGUCUUACAGCAAGGAGCUAUUUGAGGAGGUGAUUUCGAAGAUGAGAAAAGCCGGCAUCAAGUCGACCAUAGCGAUAGAAAAAUUCAAGCUGCUUGCGGAGAAAGUGGAUGAAAUUGUUGCCAAGAACGCCCGCGCCGAAAUUGACUACAGUGAUGCCCCGGAUGAGUUCCGAGAUCCACUCAUGGAUACUUUAAUGACCGACCCGGUCCGGUUGCCGUCGGGAACCAUUAUGGAUCGCUCCGUCAUUCUGCGCCACCUUCUCAACUCCUCCACGGAUCCCUUCAAUCGCCAGACACUAACGGAAAAUAUGCUGGAGCCAGUGCCUGAACUGAAAGAGCAAAUCCAAGCUUGGAUGAGGGACAAGCAGAACCCGGAUCACUGAGGUUAUCCCCGGCAGCACACGCCGAGGUCAACUGCGGAGAGCAAGGCAGCGGAUCGAGGCGAGGGGAAUGCCAAAACCGUGGGGAGUUGAAGCCGAGUUGGGGCUCACGCAGUGCCUGCUGCCGCCACCACAAAGGACCGUGGAAUCUUCUGGGCGAGGCAAAGGGGAAAGAGGCACCACACCGCCAAACGCAGCUUAACUCUCUCUUGUACAUAACUUUAAAGCGAUACAUCGGCAGUCGAUAGCAUUGUGGGUGGGAUUCAGUUAGCAAGUUCCUUUUUUGUUCUGAAAAAAAAAACACAACCCCAAGACUCCUCCAUUUCAUCGUUGGGGUUCAUAAACGGUUGUAUUCGGUUUAGCUAACGACGAGGAUCGGGUCGUUGGGGGUGUGUGUCUGCGUGGUUUUUUAAAAAAAACCAAUAUAUUGCCAGAUCUCCGUUAAUUUGAUAGUGGUUGAAACUUUGAACAUUUUGCUGCUAAGGUAACACCUCCCCCCCCCCCCCAAAAAUCCUUUCAUUUUUCUCGUCACCUCUGCACAAUCCCGUCUCCCGGUUUCUGUUUAUUUUAUUUUCUCUCUCCUUAAUGUGAAGAAAAACCUUCCCUGUAUAUGGAAAAAGAUUCCUUCUUAUGUCCUAAAGGGGACAUAAUUUUGAGAAAAGCAAAUGUGCCUGCGACGAGUAUUAAAAGGGGGAGGGGUGGGUUGGAAGGGGAUCUUAUUUUUCUAUUAGACAGCUUUUUUUAAAAAUUUAAUUUGGUGAGCCACCCCCAAGAAAAGUAACUCACAAUCCUGUAGUAACUUUCAUUCUCCCACCUCCCCCUUUGUCGACACGUUGAAAUUUUACGUUGUUUGACGUGUCUCUUUACAUUUCGAGGAGAAACUUCAUAUCCCCCAUGUUGUUGUUGUUGUUAUUAUUAUUUUAAUUUUUUAGGUUGGUUUUUCUUCAGAGCCUUGUAUUAUAGGUCGGAACAGCUGCCGUAAAGGAAUUGGAGUGGAAUAUGGGAGGGGGGGAGUUCAUUGACUUAAAAGAUAUAUAGAGAGAGCUAUAUAUAUAUAUAUAUAAUUAUACAUAUAUAUAUAAAAAAACUUUUAAAGUCAGAGAUCUUAUAAGCUGAAUGGUAAUGAUUCUCUGUCUUCUAAAAGUGCGUCUCUUGGGGAAAUGAGGGUUGGGGGUGUGUGUGGAUAAGCAGAUUGUUUUAUUCUCGGCGCGCCUCCCGAGUCGAAGCCGACGGAUUCAUUUUUAUGUUGCGUACCAGUUUUUAUAUCCAUGGCUUGGCCUUACCAAAGCAAAAAGGGUGCAGAAAAAAAAAUGUAGACUUGCUUUUUUUUUAAAAAAGAAACUAUAUAAAAAAGAUGAGACAUUUUUGUAUGACUGCCCUCUGCUUAAAAGAUACUUGAAUGUCCUUUUUGAAGAGGAUUCGAAACCACAGUGUUUUAAAAACAAAACGAAACAAAUUAAGCCUGAAAAGAAAAUGUUUUUUUUUCUUUUCGUUUCUUUUCUGCUGACAGUUUCCUCUGUUCAGUUCCUAAUUCUUGAAGAACAAUAAAUGGUGAUACACAUUCACAAGAACUUU